AUGGUCAAGGUCAGCAACACCGUCUCGUCGUCUCGGCGCAAGAGCCGUGCCGCGCACUUCAAGGCUCCCUCCAGCCAGCGCCGCACCAUCAUGAGCGCUCCCCUCAGCAAGGAGCUGCGCGAGAAGUACAACGUCCGCAGCAUCCCCAUCCGCAAGGACGACGAGGUCACCAUUGUCCGUGGCACCAACAAGGGCCGUGAGGGCAAGGUCACCUCCGUCUACCGCCUCAAAUACGUCAUCCACGUCGAGCGCGUCACCCGCGACAAGGCCUCCGGCCAGAGCGUCCCCCUGGGCCUCCACCCCUCCAAUGUCGUCAUCACCAAGCUCAAGCUCGACAAGGACCGCGAGGACAUCCUGGCCCGCUCCAAGGUCGGCCGUGAGCUGCGCGCCAAGAACAAGGUCACCGCCUAA